CGACAGCAAUCGCCCGCACCGGUCGCGUCAGUCGGCAUCGUGCGAUGGUCGUGUCCGUAUCGGUGCGCUGCUGAUCGUCUCCGUGCUACCUCGUGUGUGUGCAUCGCAUAUUCGCACGUCGCGUCUGGACACACGCUUGCUCAUUAUUUAUUUAUUCGCGUCUCAGUUUCGGCGCGCAGGUACUUUGUCGAUAUUGGGAAUCGCGCCUCUUUUAUUCUCUCCGUGUCGACAUUCGAGACGCGUAGCAGUUACAUUUUCAAUAAGUAUUCGAACAAAUUCCAAUCAUGAAGACUCCUUGCCGGUUUAACGCAACGUGCUUGCUGCUUACGCUGAGCGUGUGUUUUGUUUAUUGUCGGAACGUCGACAGUCGUGCAAAAAGGACGAUUAGCGAUAGCCAUCCGACGAAUAGUUGUGAUAAUGUAAAAGCGUUCUUUCACUCGAGGAAUAUACCGAUGCAGCGAUCCGCUGGACCUAAAGGGAAUAUUUGCGGUGGUCAGUGCUGCUCUCCGGACUCAGAGCUACUUCUUCGCAAGCAGGGACAAGAAGUGUUCGCCGACAUGCUCCGACAUAAGUCGCGUACAUUGCAGGGACUCCUAAACUCAACUGCUACUUCUUUGCAAGAACACAUCCUUGCGAUGACUAGCAGGUCUGAGAAUAAGACGGCCGAGCUUUUCCUGAAGCUCUUCCAAGGUCAUUCAGUGCACGCGACUGACACCAUCAAUGCGCUGUAUACGGACAUCAGGCAAUAUGUGCUAAUCAACUCCAGUCAGGAUGCAUACGAGAACUCCAACACGGCGAUUUCUACAUCGGUAUCGCGUUUUUUCGCCAAUAUAUUUCCAUUGAUGUACCAUCGCAUCGGCGGGACGCCCGAUAAAGAUUUUACUGUGGAGUAUAAAAACUGUCUGAAGGAGACGAUGGGCAAAAUUAAACCAUUUGGUACUAUCCCGACGCAAGUGGCUGAAAGCUUGUCUAAGGCGCUAGCCGCCGCGCGAUUACUACUACAAGCGCUUGGCGUCGGCGUCGAGGUGCUCAAUGCCACCGACACGCUAAUUAUUGCCGAGAAUGGGCGUGGCAAUGCUGAGUGCCAUGAUGCGCUUAUGCGCAUGAGCUAUUGUCCAAAAUGUAUGGGUUUGAAGGAAGAAACAAAACCAUGUUCAGGGUAUUGCAUGAAUGUGAUGCGAGGAUGUCUCACCAAGUACGUAGUGGACCUGGACGCGCCGUGGAAUGGAUAUGUGGAAGGUAUCGAACGCCUUGUCACUGCGAUGAAACAGCACAAUAAUGAAGCAGGUGUAAAUGUUGAUACUCUUAUCAAGGAGCUGGACAAUCGGAUUUCGGAAGCAAUUAUUUAUGCCAUGGAGAAUGAGAAGGAUAUCGACGUUAAGGUAAAACGAGCUUGUGGUGUAGUGCAACUGUCUGAUCGAGAAGAUCCAUCAAUGAUUCCGACUGAAAUAGAAGAAAAGACUAGCAUGUUACCUGCCAAACAAUACUCAUCGUCUUCAGAAAAUCUGAUGCUCAAUUUCCUCAACUACAUUGUCAAAAGUCGCGGAUUCUACAGUGCUCUGGCGGAUAAUCUGUGUCAGGAUGAAAGCUUCGCCGAACGCAAAGACGAGCACUGCUGGAAUGGUGAACGCAUUGGCGGGUAUACUAAAACUAUCGCUGACCCUAGCUUGGAUACGCAAAAAUACAAUCCGGAAGUGAAGCCAAGUUUAAUGCUUCAGAAUACUGAUCCGCGAGCCGGGCUGCUGGCCGAGAAGCUGAGACAUGUGCACACAAUGGUUAUGUCUUCACUGGGGGCGGUGAGCAUGCCCGAAUCUUUCAGCUACGUUCAGGGCAUGCAGGGUGAUGCCACCGAUGGAUCCGGAUCUGGCGCUGGGCCGGAUAUCACCGACGACGAAAACGAUCGCGUCGAGCACGGCUCUGGUGCCGGCAGCGGCUCUGUGCCGCCAGUCUUCACUGAAACCAACCAAAUUGACGGUGAGACGAAGACGGCUUCAUCGACGACGCACCUGCCAUCGACGCUACUCACCACGGUUCUAGUAUUGCUCGCAAUGAAAUUCUUAUAAAGUCGUAGUUUGUAAGUAAAAGCGUGAUCGACCUAAAAAAUGCAGCAAUGAUAUAAUCAUGCGCUCCGCGAUUGCCAUGUCUAAUGGGGUUUGCAUCGAACGAACAAACGAUUAAUCUUAUAUUGUAAAGCGCAGUAUUGUAAGUUUAAUAACAGCAAGUCCUAUGCAUAAACAACCGAACUUUGUAUUGUACAUAGCUAUAAAAUUAUUUUAUAAGAGACUGUAUUAUAUUAGACUUUUAGUAUUUUUAUUAUUUACUUUUUUAGUUGCCAAUAUAAUUACGGUAGGCAGCGGCUUAGUUUGGAGUUUACGUCAAGCUGAAAUGAGCAUGCAACUUGUACGAAUGCUGUUUACUAAGAGCAUAUCAAAAAGAACUCCGAACUAGUUCGAUGCUUCAAUGCAUUCGAUUACAUACGAAGGGCAGUUGCAAAUCAAUGAUUGUGCUUCCUUUUCGUUCUGUAGUUCAUUACGCAGCAAAUGUAAACGUUUAAGGGCAGUAACGGAACUUGCAAUGUCGACGCUUAGAAAAAUAGUUCGUCCUGCAUUGUGGACAUAAAACAUACAUUGGAAAUGAAAACACGUAAAUUUGUCGUUUGUAUUUAUGAAAUACGAGUCGCGGGAAUGUUGAAAUAUUAUGGAAAUGAGCGAGAGAAAAUAUUUUGUUAUGCGCCAAAAGUGUUGUAAAACAAAUUGGCUAGCUGAUUUUUGCUGGUUAAAAAUUGGUAAUUGAAUCACCAGUACAUUAUUUCAAACGAUGCUUCCAAAAUUAGUUCCACAAAUAAUUGACCGGAACCCCCAUGAAGAAUGAAGCACGCACGUUAAAGAUGAACGAAAGAAAUGUAAAUUAAUCGCGAAAGGUGUGAACAAAUCCUGUUGAUAUGUAGAUAUACAAUUAAAUUAUUUUCAUAAAUGUCUGUGAUUAAAACUACUUUUAUUAUUUAAUUAUAUAAAAAAAGAAUCGUGUCUAAAAUACUUUUGCUAGUUUUCACUGGACAAGGAAAUUGUUGUUUUCCUACUGUGUACACCUGCAGCUCUACGCCUUAUUAUUUGCCAUGGAAGCGAAACUUGCAGAAUGAACGAACGAUACAGUCAAACUUUAGAAUUUAGCGAAAGUGCACAGACAACACGUUUUUCAAAUUUUAACGUCUGUACAAAUAUGAUGUUAUUAAUUAUUAUACAGAUAAAUUUUAAUUAUAAAGUAUUUAAGACAUAGUUAUUCAAAUAUAAAAAUAUAUAUUACGCGUAAAGAAACAAAAUAAGAUGGAAAUUAUAUCUAGAAAUUCUUCAAACGAUUAAAUAAACAGGUAUAAUUACUAAUUACGUAGAUAGGCUAGAACGAAAUAUUUUUUCUGGAUAAAGAUUAACCACGAUGUGUUAUAAAAGUUAAUACAAGAUCGAGACAGAAAUACCAAGAUCGAAACGCAACAUGUAAUGUACUAUUUAAAUGUAACACAAUACUUAUUAAGUGUAACUUUAAAAUGACUCGUCAUCACCAUCCAUCUGCAAUUUAUCGUUUAUUUGAACUUUAGCGGCCAUAUACAAGCAAUAUGUAAUUCAUACGGAAUUAUGUUAAUGAACUGAAAAUGUAUGAUAAAUUGCUCUUUCAGCAUCGAUAAUUAGCAAUAUUGUGUAAAACAAACAUUUAUGUGUGGACAGUGCGAUUUUUAUCUAUCUAAGUCCUAGUCUUAGAUUUUAUGUAACUAAUGUUAACUUAUUUUUCAUCCCUGUUUAAGUAAUAUUGUAUCAUAUUUGCUUUUAAUUUCUGUAGAACUCAUUUCUAGAUGUAUUUUUUAAUAAAAUCAUGCUUGAACUGAUAAA